UCCACGUCAGUGUGUUUACCAAAGCCAGAUUGACAGCUACAGGAAGUUGCUCACUUUAUUCACUUAUGGGGCAUUUUUGUUGAUUGAAUCAAUAAGCAGUGUUUGGAUUUACUAUUUUAUCACAUAGUGGAAUGUCCGAAGAUUUUACUUUGUCUUUUUGUUGCAGUGAAGUGAACUUUGGUCUUCUUCAUUCACUGUUGGCCGGCUAGCCUGCUAACCUGUCGUGGAAAGCUAGCGUUAGCUACAUCAAUACCCCAUCUUUGAGGUAGAAGGCACAUAAAGAAGAGCAGCAUGGUGGACAAGAGUAUUUACAUAGUCCAAGGUGAAAUCACCACUGUUGUUGGAGCUAUAAAGAGGAACUCCAGAUGGAAUACCCAUACUUCACUGGAUGAAGAACAGGACCCAUUACUGAACAGUUUUGGCCAACUCAAGGAGAUACUCAACAGCAUCAAAGAGCUCUCAGAUAUUGAACCCAACCUUUUCCUGAGGCCCUUCCUGGAAGUUGUUCGAUCUGAGGACACCACUGGACCAAUCACAGGCCUUGCUCUUACUUCUGUCAAUAAGUUCCUUUCCUAUGGCCUUAUUGAUGCAAACCAUGAUGCAGCAGCAGAAGCCAUCGAGAACAUGGCGGACGCCGUUACGCAUGCUAGAUUUGUGGGAACCGACCCUGCCAGCGAUGAAGUUGUCCUGAUGAAAAUCCUGCAGGUGCUGAGGACUCUGCUGCUGACGCCAGUCGGAGCGCAUCUGACCAACGAGUCCGUCUGUGAAAUCAUGCAGUCCUGCUUCAGAAUCUGCUUUGAGAUGCGUCUGAGUGAACUCCUCAGGAAGUCAGCUGAGCACACACUGGUUGACAUGGUGCAGCUACUGUUUUCCAGACUACCCCAGUUCAAAGAGGAGGCCAAGAGCUACGUGGGUGCCAACAUGAAGAAGCUGAAGAUGCGUGCUGGGGGAAUGAGUGAGUCAUCUAAAUGGAAAAAGCAGAAACGCUCUCCAAGACCGCCUCGCCACAUGGUCCGAAGUCCCUCUGGUCAGAUGGAUCCUAGUCAGUCCAGCACCCUCAGCAACAACCUGUCAGGUGGCGUCCCCUUCAUUGAGCAAGGCUUGUCCAGCUCCAGUCUCCCAGCAUCAGACAGUGCUGGGUCAUCCAUAUCCAGCCCGACAGCCACCGACAGCGGCCUGGACACCUGCUCCAAAGCCACCUCCAGAGAAGACCUCUCUGACCUGGAGCAGACCCCCGCUGGCACUGCUACCUCACUUCUCGGGAUGGAGUCUGGCUCCCCAGAUUCACAGUCGGAGGGGAGACCGGUGGGACCAGCUCAGUCAGCCUCAGUGGAGUCCAUUCCUGAAGUUCUGGAGGACAAAGACUCUGUCACCGAUCAGUCAGAAUCCACCUCUGUUCAUGACAUGGACUACGUCAACCCUCGUGGAGUUCGCUUCACACAGUCCACACAAAGAGACGGAGUCUCCCUCAUCCCCUACGGGUUGCCAUGUCUAAGGGAACUUUUUCGCUUCCUGAUCUCGCUGACCAACCCUCAUGACCGCCACAACACGGAUGCUAUGAUGCACAUGGGCCUGCAGCUCCUGACCGUCGCGCUUGAGGCGGCGCAUAUCUCUAACUAUCAGUCUCUACUAGUCCUGGUUAAAGAGGAGCUCUGCAGACACCUGUUCCAGCUGCUGAGUGUAGACCGGAUGAACCUGUAUGCUUGCUCCAUACGAGUUUGCUUCUUACUUUUCGAGAGCAUGAGGAUGCACCUGAAGUUUCAGCUGGAGAUGUACCUGAAGAAGCUGAUGGACAUCAUCACGUCAGAGAACAUUAAGAUGCCCUAUGAGAUGAAGGAGAUGGCCCUGGAGGCUCUGGUCCAGCUGUGGAGGAUUCCCAGCUUUGUCACUGAGCUCUACAUCAACUACGACUCCGACUUCUACUGCUCCAACCUGUUUGAGGACCUCACCAAGCUGCUCUCCAAGAAUGCGUUUCCAGUGUCGGGGCAGCUGUACACCACCCACCUCCUCUCUCUGGAGGCUCUGCUCACUGUUAUCGACAGCAUCGAAGCCCAUUGCCAGGCCAAGGUACCGGACAACAGCGCCCAUGAGGACCAGUCAGACACACUCCUGGCCGAGCGGGACGGUUCCCUCAGAAAUGGACCGGACUCUCCAGCUGAACUUAACAGAUUGGGCCACACUAAUAAUCUGAAUGCACCACCAGCUGAGAAUGCACCAGUUUGUCCGCCUACCAGUGGACAUCUCAUGGCAGAGAGGAUGAAGCUAGGUCGUCAGGACCAAGGAGACACUGAUUCAGCAGACAAACGAGCUCCAAAGAAGCCUCAGCGUUUCUCCACCUGCUUACCUGAGUCGCAGGAGCUGCUGGAGAUCAGGACAAAGAAGAAGCUGCUGAUCACAGGCACAGAGCAGUUUAACCAGAAGCCCAAGAAGGGGAUCCAGUUCCUGCAGGAGAAAGGGCUCCUCAGUGACCCGCUGGACAACAACCAGGUGGCCCAGUGGCUCAGAGAAAACCCUCGUCUGGACAAAAAGAUGAUCGGAGAGUACAUCAGCGAUCGCAAGAACAUGGAGCUCCUGGACAGCUUUGUGAACACAUUCACCUUCCAGGGACUUCGUAUUGACGAGGCUCUGCGGCUCUACUUGGAGGCCUUUAGACUACCGGGCGAGGCUCCUGUCAUUCAGAGACUUCUAGAAACUUUCACAGACAACUGGCAUAAAGUGAAUGGGUCUCCGUUCAUGAGCAACGACGCCGGCUUCGCCCUGGCCUACGCCGUCAUCAUGCUGAAUACUGACCAGCACAACCACAACGUCCGCAAGCAGAACAUCCCCAUGACUGUGGAGCAAUUCAAGAAAAAUCUGAAGGGCGUAAAUGGAAACAGAGACUUUGACCAGGACAUGUUGGAGGACAUCUACAAUGCUAUCAAAAAUGAUGAGAUCGUGAUGCCGGAUGAGCAGACGGGUUUAGUGAAGGAGAAUUAUGUUUGGAGUGUGUUGCUGCACCGCGGUGCCACUCCUGAGGGGGUCUUCCUCCACGUUCCACCCGGCAGCUACGACCACGACUUGUUCACCAUGACCUGGGGUCCCACCAUCGCUGCCCUCUCCUUCGUCUUUGACAAGAGCCUCGAUGACAACAUCAUCCAGAAGGCCAUCACCGGCUUCAGAAAAUGUGCGAUGAUAUCAGCUCACUACGGCUUCAGUGAUGUUUUCGACAACUUGAUCAUCUCCCUCUGCAAGUUCACAACGUUAAGCAGCGAGUCUGUGGAAAACCUUCCAACGGUGUUUGGCAGCAACAAUAAGGCCCAGACAGCAGCCAAGACCGUGUUUGACCUCGCCCAUCGGCAUGGCAACAUCCUGAGGGAGGGCUGGAAGAACAUCAUGGAGUCCAUGCUGCAGCUGUUCAGAGCUGAGCUCCUGCCCAAAGCCAUGGUGGAGGUGGAGGAUUUUGUGGAGCCAAAUGGGAAAUUUUCUCUUCAGAGAGAGGAAACGCCUUCAAAUCGCGGGGAGUCAGCAGUGUUAAGUUUUGUUAACUGGCUGACUCUGAGUGGAGCCGAGCAAUCAGGACUCAGAGGACCAUCCACGGAAAACCAGGAAGCCAAACAGACUGCCAUCCUCUGCAUAAAGCAAUGUGACCCAGAGAAGUUGAUCACAGAGAGCAAGUUCCUACAGCUCGAGUCUCUGCAGGAGCUGAUGAAGGCGCUGAUCUCCGUCACCCCAGAUGAAGAGACGUAUGAUGAGGAGGAUGCUGCCUUCUGUUUGGAGAUGCUGCUGCGCAUCGUUCUGGAGAACCGGGACCGGGUGUUGUGUGUUUGGCAGACGGUGCGGGACCACCUCUACCACCUUUGUGUUCAUGCUACUGAGAGCUGCUUCCUGGUGGAGAGGGCUGUGGUGGGGCUCCUUCGUCUCGCAAUCCGCCUGCUACGCAGAGAAGAUGUCAGUUCUCAGAUUCUCCUGUCGCUGCGUCUCCUGCUCAUGAUGAAACCACACGUUCUGUCCCGAGUCAGCAGGGAGGUUGCGUAUGGCCUUCAUGAGCUGCUGAAGACCAAUGCGGCCAACAUCCACUGCACAGAUGACUGGUACACACUCUUCUCCCUGCUGGAGUGCAUCGGAGCGGGAGUUCGACCUCCCGCCACCUUCCAGAUGGCCUCCACCUCUCCUGACAGCGACACAGGCGCUCAGUCAGACAGCGAGCUGCCGUCUCAUCAUCCCAGCGAGGUCACCUUAGAUCGGGGCUACACGUCUGACUCGGAGGUUUACACAGACCACGGCAAGGUCAGGAUCCCUCGCUCCACGACGGAUGUGGACGUGGCGAGCAGCGGAUGGCUUGUGGUUGGGAAAGAUGAUCUGGAGACCAGUAAGACCCCUCCAGUAAACUCCAAAGCUCAGCUGAAUCAUCCGCUGGUCAACCAGUACAGUCUGACUCUGGGUCAGGAUCUGGGCCAGCAUGACACCAAGUCUCUGAUCAAGUGCGUAGAGACCCUGUCCUUCAUCGUGCGCGACGCUGCCCACGUCACCCCCGACAACUUUGAGCUGUGUGUCAGAGCCAUACGGGUGUUUGUGGAGGCCAGCCUGAACGGAGGUUACAGGAACCACGACAAGAAGAAGAGCCACAAGUACGACUCCUCCAAGUCCAGACUGAGGAAGAAGGCCGGGGGGAGGGACAAGGACGGAGGGGGCAGUGCAAGACGGGGCGGCAGUCGGGCGUCCAGCCAGCGUCCAUCACGUUCCCAUAGCGACGACGAAGAGGAUGAGGGCGUCCCGGCCAGCUAUCACACGGUGUCAUUACAGGUUAGUCAGGACUUGUUGGACCUGAUGCACACCCUGCACACCCGGGCAGCCAGCAUCUACAGCUCCUGGGCAGAGGAACAGCGCCACCUAGAGGCUUCGGGCAAGAAGAUUGAGGCGGACUCCCAGACUCUGUGGACCAGCUGCUGGUGCCCCCUGCUGCAAGGCAUCGCUUGGCUGUGCUGUGACGCACGGCGACAGGUCCGCAUGCAAGCCCUCACCUACCUCCAGAGAGCGCUGCUGGUCCACGACCUGCAGACACUGGACGCCGCAGAGUGGGAGUCCUGCUUCAACAAGGUACUUUUCCCCUUGCUGACCAAGCUGCUGGACAACAUCAGCCCAGCAGAUGUGGGUGGGAUGGAGGAGACCAGAAUGAGAGCCUGCACGCUGCUGUCAAAGGUCUUUCUCCAGCACCUGUCCCCCCUGCUGUCCCUGCCCACCUUUGCGGCCCUCUGGCUUACCAUUCUGGACUUCAUGGACAAGUACAUGCAUGCCGGCUCCAGUGACUUACUGCUGGAAGCCAUUCCAGAGUCCCUGAAGAACAUGCUGCUGGUGAUGGACACAGCUGGGAUCUUCCACAGCGCUGACUCCAGGACCGGGUACUCAGACCUGUGGGAAAUAACCUGGGAACGAAUUGUGUGCUUCCUGCCCCACCUGAGGGAGGAACUCUUCAAACAGACUGUCAUUCCAGAUCCAGUGCCCAGUCCUCCAGUAGAACCAGUGCAGCCUGCAGCAGGCCGGCCUCCAUCCCCUGCCCAGUCCCACUCACCGGUCCCAGCAGACACCCAGACCUCCAGCAGACCUGGAUCACCACAGGAUCCUCAGACAGCCAGUGCCAACGGACUGGACCAGCUGUCUCCGGGCCCCCUCUCUGUACCUCCCAUCCCAGCACCAUUGACCACAUCUCCUGCCCCGACUCCAUCACCUCUGAGCCAGUCUCCUUUGAUUCUGCAGCCCCUAGCCUCCCCCCUACAGGUGGGGGUCCCACCCAUGUCCCUCCCCAUCCUCCUGAACCCUGCCCUCAUCGAGGCCACAUCCCCCGUACCACUGCUCUCUGGAUCCAAACCCACCAGUCCUUCUGACGAGGUCAAGUAAGAAAAGUCUCCAUCUGCACGUCAAUGUCCCCCCCGCUGCGUCCUGGUCUAUAGGUGGACAGGUGGACAGGUGUCAGACAGGAAGCACUCGUCAAAUUUGCAAACACUGGGUGUUUUUCUUCGGUUGUUAUUGUGUUGAUCUGAUCCGUGAGGAAGGAACGCCGACGUGCUGAGCUUUGAACUUCCAACAUGUAUAUUUGAGAUCAUUUUAGAGUAUAUUGAUCAUUUCCCCCAACAGCUAUAGGGAUGUGAAGAUGGCUGUAAAUUUCCUCCUGCUGCAUUCUUCCAGUUCACGCAAACAACCAUUUUCCUCCCCGACGACAUCUUAACCCAGCACGAUUAAAACUCAUGAGAAUCCAAACAAGCAACAUGAGAGCUGAAUGGUGCACGUGAGAGUCAAAAGUUCAAUCAGCUGCUUGGUGAGAUGAAACUGGCCGACGAGCAGCCGCUGCAGAUUCAGCUCUCAUCUGAAGCCACCUCUCAGCUUCCUGAAGAAACUUGAAGGUCCUGGACGCUAGUUUAACUCUGAGAGGGUCCUAACUUUAAACAUUCAGCUGUCAGACGUACUCUCUGUGGCCAAAUUCUGUGGUGUUGUCCUGCAGCAGAGAUCUCCUCCUUCUGAUCCACAUCUUCUCACCUGGCCACGAACCUGGAGACUUAACGAUCUUUGAGUUAUGGUACCUUCUGAAUUAAGGUGGUCUCAGAGGCCAGAGAAGACAUGUCCAUCAUUCCAGAGUCUGGACGUGGUCCAUCCGGACAGAACACAGCAGCACUGAUUUAACGCUGAAUGUGUAGAAAGUCUCCUUUAGAUCUAAAAUAUUGUGAUUAGAUUCAUUCAUCUUUGUUUUUAUCACCGAGCAUGUUCAGCUGCAUCCCUCUCAGCUGUUUUCUGAUCCAGCCUCGUCUGUGUGAUGCAAUACUUCCUGCUCAUCCUCACGAAAUAAUCCCACUACAUGGUCUUCAUGGAUCACCGGAGCUGUGACAUGAGAUCCGGCUGCAGACAGAAACUGAAACAUUCAACCAGAAUCCAAACAGAAAAGUCUAAACCUGAUCAGACUCUGCUCUUUAAUCCCAGCUGUUGUUCUGGUGUCUGGAUGUUGUUGCAUGCUGGUUGUGCCUUGUGUACAAUAACUAAUUCACCGUUUUAAUGCCAAACCUGUCUGAAGGCUGUAGAUGCGCUGCAGCUCCGCUCAGAGAUGUCUGGCUCAUAUUUAAUGUUAUUUAUUAGGUGGGAAAAGGAGGACGUUAGUGCUGCUGUUCAGUCAGCAUCGAUCCAGUCAGGUAACACUACAGCCUUACAGAGCCACCAACAUGUAGGCUGGCUGUUUAUUUGUUGUUUGGGACUCCUAGAUUUAUCAGCUCACUCAUGCUUGAACAGUAAAUGACAUGAAUAUAAUGUGUGUACAUAUCUAUAUAUAUAAAUUAAAAGUAACGUACUUUUUAUUAUGUAAUAAAUACAAAAGUGCUCAUCUUAAA